AUGCCUCCCAAGGCCCCCAAACCUACAAGCGAUGAGCUUCUCGCUCAGUUUGAUGAUCUUGGUCUCGGAAAAUCCGAUCAAGCACCCAAGCCAGCCGCAAACCCCAGCGGCGGACAGGAGGAGGACAUCCUCGCAGAGUUGGAUCACCUAGCCGCGCAGCGUCCAGCCAGCGGACCAGGCACUCCCCGUCUGUCUAUUGACAAGGCACGGUCAUCUACACGCUCACCUCGGCCAAGCGCGACUAUCGAACGCCCGACUGAGGACAAGUCCGUCCGCCAGUCCGAAGACACAAGCCGGCCUUUGCGCGCAGAGACCAAGGAGCAACCCAAAUCGGAGCCUGAAUCUGCCCCGGAGCAGUCAGCUUCAGAGGCCGGUGGAUGGUGGGGAGGCUGGGGAGGAGGCUUAUAUGCCACUGCUACUGCAGCUAUGAAGCAGGCCGAGGCGGCUGUCAAGGAGAUCCAAAAUAACGAGGAGGCACAAAAAUGGGCCCAACAAGUCAAGGGCAACGUCAGCGCCCUCCGGGACCUGAGUGGUGAACUUCGUGACAGGGCUAUUCCAACCUUCACCAAUCUCAUCCAUACCCUCGCACCCCCCAUUUCCUCGCAUGAACGUCUCCAAAUUCACGUCACUCACGACCUGUCCGGCUACCCUGGCAUCGACCCCUUAGUCUAUGCUGUGUUCUCACGUGUGAUGUCGCAAGUCGAAGGCGGCGACCUCCUAGUGAUCCAGCGCGGCCAAGAAUCAUCCCCCAAACGCCUCGAUGUCACGGGUCUCAUGACCAGCGCCGGCUGGAACGACGGACCCUGGUGGAGAACCGUCACCCCAGGACAGCCGCGUAGCAUCAACUCUGUGCGCGGCACAGUGGAGGGCUCAAAGCUAGCUCGGGCCAGUGCUGAGUCCUACGCUACAGAAUACUUCUCAUCCCGCGGCGGAGUGGAAGAAGCAGCCAAACAUGCCUCGGAAGUCCUCAGCGAAUCGAACCCUGUGCGCAGUAGUGAUAUCUUCCUUGCUGUUCAGGCCAUUAGCCAAACAGUAUCCAAGGAUCUUUUCCAGGCUCCAGGCGAGGAAGAAGAGACCGAACAGGAAGAGGAAAUCUCCUUUGCUUUGUACCUCCAUGAUCCCAUUCAUGGCAUUGCCUUCCACGCGAUCUCUCAAGCCAUCCCGCAGGCAUGGAUCGAAUGGCUUGAUGCUUCUGUUGCCGCGCCUGUGGACGAGUCGGACGAUGAGCACACGCAGCGAGUCGUUGUUCCCGAGGCUAUUGCGGAGAUCAUCGAGAGUGGAGGUGUCGAUCCCCGCGAGUGGGUUUCAGAGUGGAUUGAGGAAACUCUUUCACUGGCUGCUGGCACUAUUGCACAGCGAUAUGUGGCUCGUCGCAUGGGUGUUGGAGAGAGCGGUGUUGCCAAGGGUAAGAUGCGAGCUGAGCAGGCUUCCACUGUUGACAGCGGAGCAGGAGAAGCUGCUCGUGCAAUUUAG